UAUCUAAAACUUUAUUUUCAAAAACAUUCUGUGUGUUAGAAAUGAUUUGCAAAUUUUAGUUUUAAGAAUGCCUACUUGGACACAUACUUAAUUUAUCUACUGUACGUAUGCAUGCCUACCUUUAAUUAUAUUCAUAGAUUCUGAGCUGCAAAUGCCUAAUAACGCCACAAUGCCGCCAGCGUCACCAAUCGCACAACGACGCGACUCCAUACUGAAACACCAGAACAGCGUGAAAACUGAUAAGCGAGUCAGCAUCAAACCGGGCAGCCAGAAGAGCAGCGGCAAUAAGUUGCAAAUGACUUCAAAUCUAGAAUACAUCUCCGAGAAAGCCUCGUCGCUGUCAUCGUCUGCCUCAACGUUGCCAUCAAGCGGUUCGACGACGCUGGAGCGUCGGCCUAGUAAAACGACAACAGGUCCGCGUCCUGCCUCGCUGGUCAUCACAAAGAACGACAACAAGGGGUCACAAUUCAAAUUAGUGCGCUCUUCCUCGGUGGACUACGAGGAUAUCGAGAGCCAAGUGCCGACGCGCACCGCAAACAAAAUUAUACUCGCUGAGCACUUGCAGGAGGAUGAAUCCGCACCGUUAGUAUUCACUGUACACAAAUGAGAGCAACAUUAGGGCCUCUGUUCACCUGCCGACUGACGGCGGUCGUGUGGGAUGUCUACUUGAAAUUGGUAAAUAGGAGUUAGGCUGUGUGUGUUUAAAAUCUUCGCAGCAAAGCAGGCAAAAACGUCGCAAAAAGAAGGUUCACAAUCACGUAGCCAACUUAGGAAGAGCGCGCGAAGCGCAAAUAGUGUUCAGCGAAAUUGUCACAAUACCUUUUAUUUUUUAGAUAGCAAAUUCGCCUACAUAUGUUUUCUGUAAAUGAAUAGUGCUAGCGCUGGUGCUUUACAUAUAUACAUAUAUACAAGGAUAUAUUUUUUCAAAUUUUCAAUUACACUUACAUGCAAACAUAUACAUAUGUACAUAUAAAACUAUUUAGCCAAAUAUUCUUAGAGUAAUAACUAUUAUAUUGUGAGUUGACUUAUAUUUUUGUGUAUGUAUGUAUAUAAUAUUGUAGUAUUUAACUGCAAAUGAUUCGCAACGAUGCCUAAGAAUCGAGUGAGCCUAAAUGUUUAUAUAUGUAUCUAUGUAUUUAGUCGCCUAAUUCAAAAAGUAAAAAUAACAAUAACAAUUAUACCGUUAAUUUAGUUUAUUGUUGACGUUUUUUUUUCACUAAAAGUUAAAUAAAAUGUUUGGUGAAAAAUAUUCGAGUGCGUUGGGUGCCAACCAACAUCUUACCAUUUAAGUAUUUAAUUAUAAAAAAAUAUAGUUCAAUAAAAGCAAAUGUUACAAAAAAUAUAUACAUUUUAGCAUACACAAAAAAAAACUACAUACAUACAUGCAUAUAUACAUAUAUGUAUGGGUACGUAUUGCCAACGUUUUCCAAAAUGUAUUAAGUUAUAGAUUUUUUAUAGAUCAUACAGUUUAUUAAUUAAUCGUUAGUGGAACGAGCAAGAGAGACUACAGUCGUUUUUUGCAACAAAUUGCAAUUAAACUGUUUCUGCUUUUGAUAGAAAGUAAAUAUUGAAUUAAUAAACUAUACUUUUGAAGAACGUUUGCGAUAUGUAUGUAGACUCAAAAACUAUAGUAUAUCUAUUGAUACGAUACAUAAGACAUAUACGCAAGCUUCAAGGAGCUAUUAUUAUAAACACAACUUGUAGCAGAAAGGAAUAAAGAGUGGAAUUAAGAUUUAUGUCACAAUUGGAAAAUGUA